CAAUUCAUUGUCCAAAUUUUAUUUGCUAGCUAGACAUUGAAAUAACUUUUUAAGAACAAAAACAAUUUUCAAUUAUGAAAUCCUUUUGAAAUAAAGUAUAAAGCUUAGAGAAUUAACUAAAUACUCCGUAUUUAGAAUCAGAAACUCAAAUCUAACUCUCAUACUGCCACAUGAAGACUCAAAUCUAACUCUCAUAGUGCCUUCUGAAAAAAAUCACCAGCCCAAGCAAUAAAAGCUAGACGAGUAGCAAAACUGCACACCGCAAAGGUACACUAGAACGUGAACAGUAACUCGAGCAACCAAAUCAAAGAGACCAAAAUCAAGUUGUUUGAAUUAGGAUUCCAAAACCAGACGUUGAAUGGCCCUUGAAUCACGAACACAAUACCAGAAAAUGGGAUGGAAAACGAGCAAAAAGCAUGGGUAAACCUGGACUUCAAGAACUCGCUAUGAACAGUGACUUCUUCUCCAAAAUUUUUGCUCAAUUCGCAGCUUCCUUCAACCGGUUUGGAAAACCAAUUUCAGGUGUUGAAAGAGCAUCCCAAGUCGCCCAUAAUCCCCCCAAAAUUGGCCUUCAAACAAGCUUGGACCGAGGUGAAUUGAACCUUCAAGAGUCGCAGAUGAACAGUAACUCGAGAAGGUUGACCUGCGAUUCUUGAUCAAUCCAGCGCCCAAUGGAUUGCCAUGCCCAAAACGAUUCUAGAGCUCUAAGAAUUGGUCCAAAAGUUCAACAAAUUCAGGGUGAAAGCAAGGGUUUAAGAUCGGCAGUGAAUAGUAACUUAUGGAGACUGCCCAGCGAUCCACAACCUGUGAUAGAUGUUCUCUAUCAUACAAGAGUUGUGAUUUUGAAGAAGAUGAUGGAAAUUGAGGCGAUAGGCCUAAUUGAGAAAUUGAGGGUACAUAUUCAAAAAAUUGCUAAAGACUAUCAGGUACCCCUCAUUCUAAAAAUAUAUUACCAGGUAUCUCUAAUUACUUUCUUCGAUUUUUCCGUU